CAUUGGAUGUCACUCGACAAGUACCAAACUGACAGGAAAUUAUAAUGGAGAACUCGUGGCGGUGCGAGCAUAGUCUAGUCCCGUUCGAGAAUGGCGCGCCAAGCAAUGACGGAUUUACAUUACCUACACAGGACUUGCUGUGUAUAAAAGCCGACAUUGGUCAGAUGUAUUUGAAGGCGCUCAGGCGGCAUCACCCCACAGCCAAACUUCUGUAUCAGCCCUGAACCUUUAAGACACUUGCAGAAUCCAACAACGAGUGUCAGUCACCUCAAGGAGAUCGAGAUUGCUUCAAAGGAACAAGCAACGGGCGGUGGUGGUUGAAGUGGAGAAAUCAAGGAUGGAUUCUCUAGUGGAAAAGCCAUUGUUCUACCCCUGGACGAAUGGAAAAUCAGCCCUUGGGCUUCCUUCCUUUCUGGUUGACCGCAUCCAACGAGAGCGGCUUGCACUUUUCGGUGUUCUCAAUCAGUGAAACGCGUGGAGUGCGGGGCACCAGGCAAUAUUAUACACCUAUUGCACUACACUACGAGCCCAUAGUCUGCAGCCGGAGGAUAUGCUCCCCUUCGAGAUGAAUGACGUCAUUGUGAUUGCUGUACUACUGGCAGCUGUACCUGCCCCAAAGCUGCCACUUCCGUACAACACAGCAAUGCACCAGGGCAACUACGGUACAUGCUCAUGUGCCUACAAUAACCCAGCAACCUGAAGAAAUUGACGAUGCUGGACAUCGUUAACCGGGAGCAUCUAGAGUCCAGUCACGAACUCCCAACAGCUUCAUCUCAAAUUGCAAUCAUAUCUGCAUAUCCGUCUGUCACCUUGGCAAGAUUACUCCCAGAAGGGAAAACUAAUGUGAUCUGGCGCUCGUCACUGUCACCGUCACUGUCGACACCAGUGUCCACAUCGACACCGCCGACAUGGAUUUGGUAUCAUCGUGCUUUGGAGGCCGCACGAGGCGUGCGGACGAGGAGGAGCCUCUGUUGUCUCAUUACGACGAUGAUACCGUGUUGCAGAGACAGCUGCAUCAGAAAUUACAUACCUACCAGAUGCUGCGUGCCCUUUCCAAGGGAUACAUGCCGUCCAAUGACCAAGCCAUCGCCAACCUUCGAACCCUUCUCUCCUCCGAUAUUCUGAAUCCAGACAACUCCGGCCUCAGCGACUCGGGACGGGCACUUGUUUUCUACUCCAGGAAAUGGAUUACCCAACUCAUUCAGCUCUUGGAGCACAAGAACAGCCAGGACCAGAUCCAGGAUUUCCUAUGGUACCUCUCCAAGGCUCGUGUGUCCGUCGACAUGGAACAGAUUGCCGAGCGUGCUACCAAGGCUAAAGCCAAGGCUGAUACCGCUGCUGUGUAUAAGAGCAUCCAGACAGUCGGGUCCUUGCUUUUGACCAACUCCGACUUUCGUCUCUUCCUCUCGGAUCUUGGUGUGGUUUCUCGCGAGGUGUUUCGCGACACUGCCUUUGCCCUUUCCGCCGCAUCCAAAGAGGCAGGUGAGCGCCUGGAGCCUUGGAAGGAGGAGAGAGAAUCUGUAGCAAAACCGGGGAACGACGAAACAGCCGACAAACCAGUCCAGCAGGACUUGGAGGCUGAGGUUGCCGAAGUUGGGCAGGUGCUUGGAGACACCGUCGCAACUGUCGCUCAGGAAGCCGAAAGCAGUAUCAUCAACAAAUUACAUAGCGACGAGACGGAUACUCUGCUAUACCGUCUCAAGCAGGCGGUCACCAAGCUGCGAGACCGCAGGGACUACUCGGAUUCAGUAUCGACAUUCUCGCUCCUCCUAAAACGGUAUGCUAUGGUAUACACGCGCAUCGCUCGCGAUACACUCCAGACUACCGAGGAAGCCGUUGAUCAUAACCCAGAGAUGGAUAAGGCUCUCGAAAACUUCUGGCUCUUCAUCAAGUCCUUUGGCGAACAGAAAGAAUGGGAGGAAUUGGAAAAGAGGUUCAAGCUGGUCAUGGACCACGCCCACAGCGACCCCGAAUUCGAGAAACUGAUCGAUGAGCUAGGCAACGCUGCCCAGGAGAUGUUCACCGACCCGUCCUUCUUCGACCAUGCCGAGGAGCGUUUCCAGGACCUCCGAGAUCGAUCUCGACAGCUCACUUCUCGCUCUUCCCUGCGUGAUGACAUUGAUGGUUUGUUAUCACAGUUGCAAUCCACCUUCCAUUCUGUGAUGCGUGAUCGUGAUAUUUCAGGCCUGCUCAAGACAACGGCCGCCAUUGGCAAGAUCUUGUCACCGAAACACCACUACAUCAACACAGACCUUGUGACCGACUGCAUCAACGUCUUUGUUCCAUUGCUCAUUCAAGCAAUCAACUACAUUCCUAUUCCCCGACUGGAGAUCUCUACGCCAGAGAUUGACAUCUUGCUUGAAAACCUCAUUCUAGAGCCUGGCAAGACAAUCAACCACACUUCUUUCUUCCCAUACAAGCUUCGUAUUGAGACCCUCAACGACAUUGAAAUCCGCAAAGCCAGAUUCCGCACAACAUCAGCAAUGAAGAGUCUAGUGAGAAUCAAGAUCGAUGGACUCUCGGUCCGCGCCGAAGAAGUCGGCUUCUGGAUGAAGGUACACACCGGCUUACUGCGCUACGUCGACGAAGGAAUCGCUUCCUUUGCAAUGGAUGAAAGAGGUAUGGAUCUCGAGAUCGACGUAGAAGUUGGUCGAGACAGGAUGGACAAGAUCCUCUCCCUCCGCAGCGUCCGAUGCGAAAUCCACAAGCUCGAUUUCACCUUGCGCCAAAGCAAGUUCAGUUGGCUUGCCUGGCUCUUCAAGCCCUUCGUGAAGCCCGUCAUCAAGAAGACGAUCGAGAUGCAAAUCGCCAUGGGCAUCGCCCAGUCCUUACAGUUUGCCAAUCGCGAGAUCCUGUUCGCUAGGGAGAGACUUCGCGCCACGCGCAUUGCGGAUCCGGAUGAUCUCAAGACGUUCUUCAAGGCUGUCUUGGCGAGGUUGACGCCUCCUGAUGAUCCGGAUGUCAAUAUACGGCUGGGUGUUACGGAUCCCGGAAGGGGCGUGUUUGAUGGAGUAUAUGCUCCUGGAAGUAUCGUCAAGUUGUGGAAUGAAGAGGCCACGCAGGCGUCACAGAGGAUUCGAGAGAAUGAUCAGGAUGGAUGGAGGAAUAGAGUGUUUGACGUUCACACUACCUUGAUGACAUGAGGGAUAUGUCAAGGGACCCUACUACUGGGGCUGUGGACCAGUAGGUAUGAAGGUAUAGUAGUUUCACUUGUGAGGAUACGCUCUGGUAUGGCGAUGGAACAACGUUUUGCUUUUGGCGGUAAUGACUGGUCUCUGACGGAUUUACGAAACUGAUAUUCUAAUUUUCUGACCCUUAUGUUGAGAGAUCUCAGUCAGAUGGACCUAACGAGAAGAAAACACGUCCUACCUUCUCAGAUAUAAGGGUCAGUGCACUCUGCAAGGCGAACCACCUGUGAUAAUAACGAAGGGGAAAACAAGACCGAUAACAAACACUUUCAUAAAUCAUGUCCUGUUCGAGGCUUUAAGAUGUGAUUUCAAACCCCUACCAAAGCAACACAGAAGACCUUCAGAAGCAUAACAAUCUCGAGCACUAGAAGCCCUUGGAAGUAAC